AUGUCGUCUCAACGAAAUGGAAUCCAUUUCAACCCGGGGAAGCAAAAGAAGUUGGAGGUGGAUCUCUCGUUAAUUCCCGGAAGCGCGGAACAUAUUAAGAUUAUGGAACGCAUGCUGAAGGAUAUCGACAGUUGUGUUGAUGGACAUUUGAACAAAAUAUUUUUGGGUCAAGUCAAGGAAAUCGCCAAGUUUCUUUUGCUCAAAGAAAUAGAUGACUCGGAAAGGGAUCGGAAAAUGGCGAAUUUGUUUGACCCAAAUUCGGAGCAAGCUAUUUAUCAAGCUGCUAUUGUCACCUGCAACUUUGCUGACACGGCUCAUGUGGUGGAGAUGUGUCGAGAAGAGUUAUUGGGAACAAACCAGUGCAUUAUGAUGAUUGAUCAUCAAUCACCGGCCGAUAUCAUCGCGAAAAUCCUCGAACAGAAAAUCACAACCAAUUGUGUUUUGGUGAUUCGGCAGGCCGAAACGUUACCGAUAACGUUGUUGACUCAACUUUUGAACUUGUUGCAUGCAAUGCCCAUUAAUGCCAUGGUUUCUUUUCUGAUUUGUGUCUCAACCACGCCCGCCUUUCUUGUGUCUACAUGUAGCCUCCGGGCUUUGAGGCAAUUGGAAGCGAAAAUCUUCCACUUGGAGACCUCGGACGAGUGCAACAAGGAGUUGAUUACAAAACUACUCAAUUUGAAGGACAAACAGCCUGCGGAUGAACCGCCAAUGCAAUUGAGCGGGCAACUUGUGUUUGAUGCCUUCGAACGCUACACCAUUGAACACAAAUCGAUCAUUCUUCUGAAAAACUCUCUCAAGUUUGCAAUUGCCCGUCACUUUCUUGAGAAAGUAGAGAAUCCGGCUCAAACGACAAAUUUCAGGAAUUUUGUCGAAAAAUAUCAAAAAGUUUGUCAACUUUUUGCAAAACUGAAUGGUGUGAUUGAAGGAAAAGUACACGCUGAUGUUCAACUUUAUGGAGAAAAUUAUUUAACGAAUGACGAGCUCUCUUAUAACAGGAAAUGGAAACAUUCUUUGCUAAGUGCAUCAGAUCAAGAGCUCAAGGUUGUGGUCGAUCACGUGAAAGAACUCUUGAAUCAGUUGAAGGAAGACGAAACAGCGACUGCGAUGGAAGAGCUAUGUGCCAGAUUGGAUGAACGGUUGACCAUUCCCAGCCCACCGAAACGAGCUUUGGCAAAAGAGAACACACCUCAAAAGCCAAGGAGAUCUACAUUCAUGCAACUUCGUCAACUAAACGAGGAUCGUUUGAAGGAAAAAGCAAGCAAUCCGUUGGUGGUAACAAGGCAAGAGCUGUGCUCACUUAUCAACGACUUCUUUAAAGAGAACUUGAUUGCCUGGGAUCAAGAGGCUUCUGCUAGUUAUUCGGUGAUGACAGCAGGCAAAGAAACCAUUACUGCAUCUGGAAAUAUGAGGAAAGAUAUCGAAAGAACAUUGAGCCUCAAGAAUAAUGUGAUCUCUGCUUCUUUGCAAGUGUUGCUUUCGGGAGAUGUUGGGUGGAAAAAGAAUAUUCUAUUUGGUGAAUGGUUGCGAAUUGUCAAGCGAGAAUUCAAAGGUUUCGAUGAUCAAGUCUCUCCAACGACAACUCUUUACGCAACCGCCGCUCAUCUUGAACAUAUUGGCAUUUUGAAGAAUGGAGUCGAGAAACAAUUCCCUUCUGUUAGCUUGAAUUACUUUCCAUUUUAU